AAUGUCUGUAUUUUAUAGUUAUCAUCAUUUAGUUUAUGUCUAGUGUUUGUGUAAAUAAUUUAGUUGUAUUUUUUAUAUAAAUGUAAUUUUAAUAAACAAAAUCUGAUUCACACAUUAAACCAUCACAAUGUUAUGCCAAUGGAGAAAUCACUACUGGACUAAAAGUCCCAAGUGGGUAUUAUUGCCACUUGCCACUGUGGACACCAUAAUGACCAUCGUAAUCACCAUAGUCAUUGAUUUUCAUAUCAAAGAGGCAACAGAAUUCAAUGGUAUCAGCAGCCAGCAAUUUAUCGAUAGGGUUUAUGUGUUGCACAUAGUAAUCGGGGUGAUCGGGUCGGUGAGCUCGUGUUUGGGCAUACUCGUGUCGUUCAAGUCACGCGACCGGUGCCAGUAUUUUCUAAUACAAUGUUACGGCAUUUUGAUGAGCAUAUGCGGGGGCACGAGUAUCACCUUGGCCAUUUUGUCCGGCAUGUACAUUGUUUUCGUGUUGACUGCACUGUAUUUUAUCAGCAGUUUUUGCGCUAACUAUUUGGCCCGAGUUAUGAGCCAAUUGUUUCCAAUCACAGCACAAGUACAGGGGCUUCAGAAUCCUGCCUAUGAAUCAACUAAUGUGUUAACAGAUAAUGUGGUUUUCCCCGUUCCCACUUCAUCAGCCUCAUCCGGUGCCUAA